AUGUGGAAGGGCUUGGAAGGUGAAAUAGUUACAAUGAAUCCAUCUGCUCAGCAAUGGCAGGAUUUUAUGCAGACAAAUCUUGAAUUGACUACUGGAGGCUCUGUUGUGUAUAACACUAAUGCCUCUGCUUUCCAGCAAUAUUAUGGAGUAGAGCCUAAAAAUCUGAUUUGCUAUACAUAUUUUAGUGGCGACCAACAAAGUGAAGAAUGCAACUUUUUUAUCAACCCUCACUUGGUGUCCAUAGACAAGCAGCCCCACAUAGAGGCUCCAAGGGGUUUUAUUGAUGCUUGGUCAAAUGACAACCCCAACACGCAGGGCAACAGCAGCAACAUCAACGAGUCCUCUGUUUCAUUGCAUGGAAACCUCUCACCUUCUUCACUCACUCUAUCCAUGGCCAUGGCGGCUGGUAAUGCUCUUGAUGAGGAAAUGGGUCUGAUCAAAAUGGGCUUAGAUGUGGAAAAUUCAGAUAAACAUAAGACUCAAGUUUCAAGCUGGCAGAGCCUUGGUUCAUGGAAGGUUUCAACAGCAGGCGGGCCACUAGCAGAGGCCUUACGACCAAGCGCUCUCUCAGCAGGCUCGAAUCCAGCAUCCCCUCAAGUUGGCAAUGUCGAUUUAAUUAGUCCUCCGGCUACUGCUGUCUCGUCUCCAUCUGGGCUUCUCCACAGAACAGUGUUAUCAGUCUCUGAUAACAGUGGUAGCAACAGCCCAAAUCUUGCUGCCACAACUGCAACUCCAGAUUUUGUUGCCUUCAGGUGGCUGAACUAA